AAACUAUUUGGACAGUCACCGUGAUACGCUUUGACAAUCUGCAACAUAAUCAUAAAUUUUCUUAAACAUGUUGUUGAGCAGAUUGUCGUCCCGGGCAAGGAUUUCACGAUCAUCUCUUCUGGUCAGUGAAAGAAAACUGAUUAUUGCUAAAAGGAACCUUUAUACUAAGCUGUGUAUGAUCAUCUUCGUGUGAUUGAUAUCACCAGUCUCUCUUCCUUGAUUUCUUCCAAGAUUGCUAUCCCGUUUUCGUCUCAGACGGAGAAUGAAGUCCCAUGUUGGUUUUUUCCUUCUUUUGGUAGAGUACAGGAAAAAAGGUUUCUUUGCUUCCGAAAAUGAGAAUGGCCCCAAACCGGAGUCCUCGUGUCCCGCCAGGAAAAUCUAAUCUCUGGCGUCCAUUGCUACAACAAGGCCACUGGAUUCAGCGGCAUUGGGAUCAUCUACCUCCAGCUCCCCGGCCUCCCGCAGAUUAUUGAUUCAUACAUGGAUUACACCGGCAUCGUCUCCCAUGAUCUGCUGCAGCUCACGGUCGCCAACAUCUUAUCCCCCCGGCGACACGUUUAUGCUCCUCAAGUCGAUCAAGGGCGUGGUGAGCGGCGUAACAGUCUUUGACAACAUGUUUGCCAACAACAAGGUGAUCGAGAUUGUGCAGAUGGAAGGCCAAUUCAAUCACGCGGAUCAGGUCGCCGUGGAUUGGAAUACCGUUAGGGUAAUAAUGAAAAGUCCCCGACGGACCGUCGUGGACGACGGAUCUGAAGGCGGCGCAGCGUUCAUCACGAAAUCUCUCGGCCUAGUAGACACGUCAUUACAUUCAGCGUGAUUCCCGUUAUUGGUAGAAGAAAAAGUUCCCAUUUUUAGGCUACUUUUUCCUAAAACUUCACCAAAAGGAGGAAAAACUCAUCUCUUUCUGCAUCUAUUCAAUAAUUUACAUUCCAUCUGUAUUUGGUCCUACUUUUGAUUGGGAAAGAGUGGAUCUCUCUCUCUCUCUUCCCAUCUGUCCAUCUCUGUUUCUCUCUCUACAUAUCAAUCAUUACUUUUACCUUCUUUUAUUUUCACAAAGUCAAGUGAUUUUGAUUCCUCUGAAUCUGAUGCGUCUCCAUCUUUCUUAUUACGUGGGACACGUCCAAAAGAAACAGUCAAAGAUUGUUAUAUACACAUAGACAGAAUCCCCAUUAUUUCAUUCUAGAUUUAAAAAUUCCACCACCACCAUCACCAUGGCUGACAAAAGCCCCAAGAACAGGUGGCUUCCCAAGCGCAUAGUCCUGCUCCGCCACGGCGAGAGCAGUGACACCUCCGGCAGCGGAGACGGGAUUUCCCCGAGCCACAGCACCCCGCUGAGCCGGCGCGGGGCGGAGCAGGCGAGGCAAGCCGGCACCCUCAUCAAAGACCUCCUCGACCAGAGCUGCCCCUCGUGGAAGAUCUACGUCUACGUCUCCCCCUUCGAGUGCACGCGAUCAACGCUGCGCGAGAUGGGCCACGCCUUCCCGGCCAGCCGGCUGAUCGGCGUGCGAGAGGAGUGCCGAGUCCGCGAGCAGGACUUGGGCAACUUCCAGGACCCUCAGAAGAUGAGGCAGCUCAAGGAAGUCCGCGACAAAUUCGGCCGCUUCUUCUUCCGUUUCCCUGAGGGCGAGUCCGGCGCCGACGUCUACGACCGCGUCUCGAGUUUUCUGGAAUCAAUGUGGAGGGACAUUGAUAUGCAGAGGUUCCCACACGACGGUGGCGACGAGCUGAAUCUGAUCAUCGUGUCGCACGGGCUGGCGAUCCGGAUCUUCCUGAUGCGGUGGUUCCGGUGGACAGUGGAAGAGUUCGAGCGGCUGAAGAGCCCGAAGGACUGCGAGUUCCGGGUGAUGCAGCUCGGGGAGGGCGGCGAGUACAGCCUCGCCGUGCACCACGACGAGGGGAGGCUGAGGGCGUGGGGGCUGUCGGCGGAUAUGGUGGCGGAGCAGAAGCUGAGAGCUGGGUCAAGGAGCCACCAGGAGGAGGCGGCGGAGGAGGAGGUUUUGUGGUAUCGCACUUUCUUUGGGGAUGAUGACACGGCGGCGACACGUGGCGGUGAGGGAGAAGGGUAGGAGUAAUUAUUUGCGGUGUGGUUGUUUGUUAAUUAGUUGUGGUUUGCUACAAAAAGUGUUAUGUUGAUACGUGGAUGUUUCAAUUUUUAAAUCUAGAAUGACUAAAGGAGAUAGAGAUCGAAUUAAACUAUGGUUGUUGACUUAUUUCUAUUGGUCUAAGCAUUUGUAGAGUUGCUUAGAUACAAAUGAGAGUCUCAAUUGUGAUUAGUGCUACUAGUAGUGCCUUUAUUCAUCUUUUGUCAAACAUGGAAUAUAUACAUCAAUUCCUUGA